CCCAAGAAGGACCCCCGAGUUAAAGAAGGUCUCCCCUGGCAGCAGGGCCCUUGCCCCAACAAUGGUGGCCCUCAGCAGUGGUGCGGCAGCUGCAUGGUGAAAACCAGCUUGAUCUGUGUUUUGGGGCUGCUGGCCCUGGUGGGCAAUGGGACCAUCAUCACAGUCAUUGCCUCCUCUGUGUCCGGCUGGAGUCACAGCACUCGCCUGGUGCUGUUGUCCUUGGCUGCGGCCGAUACCGCCCUGGCAGUGCUGGUGGUGCCCCUCAACCUCUACCGUAGCUUGGUGGUGGGGCCGAUGGCAGAAGAAGGGGAGGCGUCAUCCUGCCGGGCGGUGGCCUUCAUCAACUGCUGCAUUUUUGGGGCUUCCCUCUACUCCUUGGCAAGUGUCUCCCUGGAGCGCUAUGUGGCCAUUUUCUACCCUCUGCACUAUAGGCGCCUGCUGAGCCACAGGAGAGUGGUCCUCCUCAUCACCGCUGCCUGGCUCCUGCCGGUCCUUCUGCUGGUGCCGCUGGCUGUGCCGGGCCCGGGAGCCUUGCUCCAAGUUCGCUUCUCGUCCUCAGCCCUGCUGUGUGAACCAGACUACGGCUCAAACACCACCUACUCUCUCUUCAUAGCAGGCACCAUUUUCUGCCCUGCUGCUGGGACCAUCACCUUUGCCAACCUGUGUUUGUGGCGGGCAGCCCGCUCCCAGUGCCGGCGUGGGAAAGGUGGCAGGGCCCUUCCAGCGAAAGAGGCAGGGCCGAAGAUGCGCUGUGUGCUGCCGUUGGACGCUGCAGCCCGCAUCCUCCUGCCUGUCGUCAUCGCCUUCUAUGUCUGCUGGGUGCCCUGCAUCGUCACCAUGCUGUACAAUGCUAUCACCCACAAAAGAGUCCAUGGAUGGGUUGAGAUGGUGGCCUUGUGGCUCCCCAUAGGCAGCGGCUUCCUCAACUGCUUUGUCUACUUCUGGACCAACAGGAGCUUCCGGCACAAGUUCCAGAAGAUCGGGCAUAAGCUGUGCUGGCCCUGCUAUAAGGCCACAGAGGACCAACGGUGGCAGCGGCAGCAGCAACAGCAGCAGCAGCAGGAGCUCCCUACCGUCAGUGCGGCCGUGAGCAGCAUAACCUCCCCCUAAGGCUCCUCCUGCAACAUGAGUCUCCCAGCAUUAGCUUUUCCGAGAAGGCCAAGCCAAACUGUAACAAACCAACACCCAUCCAGGCUCUCCUUACUUAGUCUGGUUUGAGGAAACCUUGCUGCAGCAUGAAGGCCAUUCCUGGUGCUCAUCUGCAUGUAUCUUUUGGGAGAGACAUGGAUGCCUAAGCAGUUGGAAGGGCAGUUCUGGAAACAGCCAUGCCAGGAAGUGAUUCAAGAGAGGAAACUCAGUGUCUUACUUGGCUGGGUUUCCACUUGGGGGUUAUUUUUGUGACUGGCUGUGCUGAACUAGGCUCUAAGCUGAGGAGGCCAAGGAGCUGGGGACGAGUGCUGUGCCACACCACGCCCUGACGCGCCUGCUCCUACUUUUCAGAACUGCUUCGCCAAAACAUUGAGUGGUUUGCCCCCGCCCCC